GUGGGAGGGGUGUUGCAUGUGGACGUUUCCGGUAUUGAGUUGUUGUUUGACAGAAGGGGACUCGAGGUUCAGCGCGAUUUGUUCAUGGACCAGUUGUGUGAAGUGCCACUGUUAGAAUGGGACAGAGCACCUCGGGACCAGAGUCCCAAGAAACACUAGAGGGAAUUCAAAAUAUAAAGACGUUUGUGGAGGACCAGCUACAGACCAGCAUGAUGGUGGGAAUAGUGCUCGGUGCCGGCAUCUCCAUCGUCCUCAUCGCCACCUUCAUCUUCUUCGUGCUGCGCAGGAUUCACCUUCGGAACCUCGCGGCUCAAGAAGCCCCCAAAUACCGCUUCCGCAAAAGAGACAAGGUUUUGUUCUAUGGCAGGAAGAUCAUGAGGAAAGUCUCUCAGUCCACCUCGUCUUUAGUCGGAACGUCGUCUUCCUCUUCCUCCCGUCCGAGACUGAAGAAGAAGCAGAAGAUGCUCAACAUUGCCAAGAAGAUCCUGCGCUUUAAGAAGGAGGUGCCCACACUGCAGAUGAAGGAGCCUCCUCCCUCAGUGCUAGAGGCAGAUCUCACAGAGUUUGAUGUGGCUAACUCACACCUGCCCUCAGAAGUGCUGUACAUGCUCAAGAACGUGCGUGUAUUGGGCCACUUUGAGAAGCCAUUGUUUCUGGAGCUGUGUAAGCACAUGGUGUUCCUGCAGUUCCAGCAGGGCGAAUACGUCUUCAGACCCGGACAGCCAGACAGCAGUAUCUAUGUUGUGCAGGACGGCAAACUGGAGCUGUGUCUUACAGGACAGGAUGGGAAGGAUGGAGUGGUGAAAGAGGUGUUUCCAGGAGAUUCGGUUCAUAGUCUACUGAGCAUCCUUGACGUCAUCACUGGUCACCAGAGGCCGUAUCGGACGGUGUCUGCCAGAGCUGCAGAAGUGUCCACAGUCCUCCGUCUGCCUGUUGAAGCUUUUCUGUCCAUCUUCGAGAAAUAUCCAGAGAGUUUAGUGCGAGUGGUGCAGAUCAUCAUGGUGAGGCUGCAGAGAGUGACUGUCCUGGCAUUGCACAACUACCUAGGUCUCACUAAUGAGCUUUUCUCCCAUGAGAUGCAGCCACUGCGGUUACCCGUGCUGUCUCCACACGCCAGCCGCACCAGCCCUGUACGCCACAGCAAACGCUUCAGCAGCCUCACCGUGCCAGAGGACCAGCGGGAAGCCGCCGUCCGAGACGCCACCGCAGUGGAUCAUGGGAAGGAAGGCAGCACCAUCCCGACCCUGAGCAGGGCAAUCUCCAUGCCUGUGGACAUUGCUGGCAUGCAAAAGGGCCUGCGUUCAGAUUUCGACAUGGCCUAUGAGCGGGGCCGCAUUUCUGUGUCUGCUGAGGAUGGAACACAAGCAGCACCCGUAUUUUCACGGGACCAGCGAGAGAGAAGAGUCACAGUAGAUGAGGUGCCAUCAGGUGUGUACCUAUAUCCCGAGGAGGAAGUGGGCACAGACAACGUUUAUGGUCCGUUGCCAGGACGACCCAACGCCACCCUGUUCGAGGAGGCUCAGAAGGAGUUCCUGAAACUGAUGAAAAUCGAGGACCCUGCGCUGCUGAAUGGACGAGUGACCUUGCAUCAUGCCAAAGCAGGCUCCGUCCUGGCCAGACAGGGAGACCAGGACGUGAGUCUUCAUUUCGUGUUGUCUGGCUGCCUGCACGUCUAUCAGCGCAUGAUCGACAAGCAGGAGGACGUUUGCCUGUUUAUAACGCAGCCGGGUGAGAUGGUGGGUCAGCUGGCCGUGCUGACCGGAGAGCCUCUCAUCUUCACCGUCCGCGCCCUUCGCGACUGCACCUUCCUCAGAAUCUCCAAAUCUGAUUUCUAUGAGAUCAUGAGGGAGCAGCCCAGUGUGGUCCUGAGUGCAGCUCACACUGUAGCCACCCGCAUGUCUGCAUUCGUCAGGCAGAUGGAUUUUGCCAUAGACUGGAUGGCUGUGGAGGCUGGACGCGCUCUCUACAGGCAGGACGAUCAGUCAGAUUGCACAUACAUCGUGCUGAACGGUCGUCUGCGCUCCGUGAUCCGGAAGGCGAACGGAAAGAAGGAGCUGGUCGGGGAGUAUGGUAGAGGAGAUCUCAUCGGAGUGGUAGAGGCUUUGACCAGGCAGCCACGAGCGACGACAGUUCACGCAGUCCGAGACACAGAACUGGUGAAGCUUCCAGAAGGAACAUUAAACAACAUCAAGAGACGUUAUCCUCAGGUUGUUACUCGGCUGAUCCAUUUGUUGGGCCAGAAAAUUCUCGGAAACCUUCAGCAGCCCCGUGGACCUUUCUCAGGUUCAGCUUUUAGCUUGCCCAGUAUGGCGUCCAGCCCUGAUGUCACCAACCCAGCCAGCAACCUCUCCACUGUGGCUGUUCUUCCCGUUUGUGACGAAGUGCCAGUCAAUGCCUUUAACCUGGAGCUCAGUCAUGCUCUCAGUGCCAUAGGACCCACUUUACUGCUGACGAGUGAUAUUAUCAGAGAGAGACUUGGAGCGUCUGCUUUAGAUAGCAUUCAUGAGUACAGGUUAUCAGGCUGGUUGGCCCAGCAAGAGGACAUCAAUCGUAUAGUUCUGUAUCAGACUGACAGCACUAUGACUCCUUGGACCCAGCGCUGCAUCAGGCAAGCAGACUGCAUCCUUAUUGUUGGCCUCGGGGACCAGGAGCCCAGUCUUGGCCAGCUGGAGCAGAUGUUGGAAAACACAGCAGUGAGGGCUCUGAAGCAGCUGGUUCUGCUGCACCGUGAAGACGGCCCAGGUCCCUCUAGAACUGUGGAGUGGCUGAACAUGCGUAGCUGGUGUUCUGGUCAUCUCCAUCUCAAAUGUCCACGGAGAGUGUUCUCACGCAGGAGUCCCACCAGACUGAGGGAGGUGUAUGAGAAAGUGUUUGAGAAGACAGCAGACAGACACAGUGAUUUCUCCCGUCUGGCUCGAGUCCUCACAGGAAACAGCAUUGCUCUGGUGCUAGGUGGAGGAGGAGCUAGGGGCUGCUCACAUGUGGGCGUGAUCAAAGCCAUGGAGGAGGCGGGGAUUCCUAUCGAUCUAGUGGGUGGAACGUCUAUCGGCUCGUUCAUCAGCGCACUGUACGCAGAGGAGAGGAGCGCUGUCCGGGUGAAGCAGAGAGCGAGAGAGUGGUCGAAGGCGAUGAACUCUGUGUUUAAAACUGUGCUAGAUCUAACCUAUCCCAUCACCUCCAUGUUCUCUGGCUCCGCCUUCAACACCAGCAUUUCCAACGUGUUUGAAGACAAGCAAAUUGAGGACUUGUGGCUGCCUUAUUUCAACGUGACCACCGACAUCACAGCAUCUUCGAUGCGGGUGCAUAAAGAUGGCUGUGUGUGGCGCUAUGUUAGAGCCAGUGCCUCCUACACCCCCUAUUUACCUCCUCUCUGCGAUCCCAAGGAUGGCCACCUCCUCGUGGAUGGUUGCUAUGUAAACAAUGUCCCAGCGGACAUCGCUCGCAAUAUGGGAGCCAAAACGGUCAUCGCCAUCGAUGUGGGCAGCCAGGAUGAAACUGACCUGUGUAACUAUGGCGACAACCUGUCUGGCUGGUGGUUGCUGUGGAAACGGAUCAACCCGUGGGCAGAGAAAGUUAAGGUACCUGACAUGGCUGAGAUCCAGUCCCGACUGGCUUACGUGUCGUGUGUCCGUCAGCUGGAGUUGGUCAAGAAGAGUGGCUACUGCGAGUACAUCCGGCCGCCCAUCGACCGCUUCAAGACCAUGGACUUUGGCAAAUUUGACGAGAUAUAUGACAUUGGCUACGAACACGGGAAGCUGUUGUUUACUGGCUGGGCACGUGGUGAAAUCAUCGAGAACAUGCUGAAAGAUCAUCGCUCGGCCGACUACACCGACAGCAAGAAGACCGACAGCUGCACAUGUCCCAGUGCAGACUUCACUGAUCUGGCUGAGAUCGUGUCCAGGAUUGAGCCGGUGCAGAGCUACCUGGGUGCUGACGCGGAGGAGUCAGAUGGACUGACUGAGUAUGAGGAAGACGGGAUGGACACGGUGAGAGAAGAAGAGGGUGAGGAAGAGGAGGAGGAAGCUGAUGACCCUGAAGACCAAUCACCUGGAGAAUGGGGAGCAAAUGAUAUUUUUCAGUCUGAUGAAGAGAAAUCGGUCCGUCAGCGGAGAAAGAACCCCAGCGAGUCUAACACGUGCUCCGAGCUCUCCGACUGCUGACCAGAUGUGACGUGGCGUCCUGUCGUCCUUUUUCCAAGGACGGAUGAGUAGCGGCGUCCCUCCCCGUAUCCGACCGAGGAAGAGGAGUCGAGGAGGAAGUCGGACAACCAAAGAUAACCGCUCAUAAAUACAACAGGCAUCACCGCGAGCAAAACCAGUGACUCGGGCUGCUCUGGGUGUGUGAUGGGAAAACAAACAAAGAAAAAAAAAAGAAGCAUCACAGUGAGCAACACGGGAGUUGAGCGUUGAAAGGCUCUAACUCUCUGUUCCACCAUAUUGUUUUUCGUUUGUUUGUAUUUUCUCCUAUUAGAGACACUCUAGCUCUGAUUAAUGGCCAAUAGAAACUGUGGGACACCAUCCCAGGAUAUUUGUCCUGGUAUAGUGACUAAAAGUGCCAGAGGUACUGGAAGCAUCUGGACAGAUGUGUGUGUGGUGAAGAGCUCACAGCUAAGAGUGCUGCUAGAAGUAACCUCAUUACAGAAGAUAGAAAGAGUAAAGAGGAACUAACUUAGAUAAACAGCUUUAAAGGUCCACUAGGAAAGAUUAAGGUUCCCUAAACACUGUUUUUUUUUUUUUAAAACACUUACAUUAACCAGUGUCCAGACCAUCAUAAUAAAUCAUCAUAGAAAAGAAAUCCUCAUGAACGACGAGCCACAUGAAUCACGCCUUAAUAAACUUGUCGUAUCUGUGGCAAAAAUAACACAAGGUUUUUAACAUUUAUUUAAUAAAAUGGAGCAUGGAGAAUUAAAAGCAAGAUAUUAAAAAUUCAUAUCAUCCUAAUUUGGGGUCACUUCAUGUUUUGAAUUGGACAAAUAUUAAUCAGUGUGGUGAAGAUUUAAACCAACUUUUGUUUAAUGUUGAAGUUUGCGGCUGUAACUAAUAAUAGGGGACGAGACUACAGGCAAGACACUACAGGUGAAUAGGGAGGAAACUUUUAAACACAAUUGGGGGGUUUUUUUUGCCACAUGAUUGUUGUUUUGUUUUGGAACUUGGAAAAUUUGACAAAGUUUUAUGCAAAAAAACGGCCGGAAUUUGAUGCAAUAUGCAUAUAUUUGCACAAUUAAAAGCAAAAAUGUUGUCUUGUUUGGAAUUACUAUAUUUAUUUCACCGUAAAGAUGCACUCAAGAGAAAGACUUUUCUUGUUUCAUGAAUAAAUAAUAUGCACUGUAUAUACAUCUAUCUAUCUAUACAUCUAUCUAUAUAUUUAUAUAUCUAUAUAUAUAUCUAUAUAUAUAUAUAUAUAUAUAGAGAGAGAGAGAGAGAUAGGCAGACAAACAGACAUAGAUAGAUAGAGACAGACAGACAGACAGAUAGAUAGGCAGACAGACAGACAGAACAACAGACUGACAGACAGAUAUAUAGGCAGACAGACAGAACAACAGACUGACAGAUAGAUAGAUAGACAGACAGAUAGAUAGGCAGACAGAACAACAGAUAGAUAGGCAGACAGACAGACUGACCGGCCGACAGACAGACAGAUAGAUAGGCAGACAGACAGACAGA